AGCAUCCACGGAGGAAUAUUAUUAAAUAUAAAUAAUUUCAUAUUUAAAAAAAACAAAGAUUUAUUACGUAAAACUGACGGCAAACACGUAUUUUAUUGGAUUUGUGUUAAUAAAUGUGGUGCAAAAAUUCGAACUGUGGAGCCAAAUGAAAAAAAAACAUGAACUAGAUAAAAAUUCAACGUUUUUUCCGGAUCAACACUGUCAUGCUCCCGAUCCUAUAGGCUUGGAAGUAAGAAAAAUAAAAGAAAAAAUUAAAAUGAAUGCGAAAAAUUCAAUCGAAGAUAAACCAUUACAGAUGUAUCAGAAAUCUAUUAACGAGUGUUCGACAAUUGUUGCUUCCCAUGUGAGUAAGAAUUCAGUUCAACAAUUAGUAAAACGUCAAAGACGCAAUGUAGAAAUCUACAAAGAACCAAAAUCCAUUGAUGAAAUAUGCCUAGCCCCAACAAUGUGUCAAACACUAAAGGAUGGAACAUUCAAGGCUUGCCCUCAAAUUUUCGAACAAAUGUAUGUUAUUCACGGAUCAAUUAAAUCAAUUAAUAUUUUAUAACAACUUUUUUCUACGUUAUAAUACC